UAUAUCUGAGUCACUCAGAGCCUGUCACUACACCAAAAGCAAAUUUUCUUCAUUUUCUAGUUAUCUCCGAUAUCGAAAAAUGGGCAGAAAGUUCUUCGUCGGCGGCAACUGGAAAUGCAAUGGUUCUACUGAGGAAGUGAAGAAGAUCGUUGCAUCACUCAAUGCCGCUCAAGUGCCAUCCCAAGAUGUUGUUGAGGUGGUUGUCAGUCCUCCAUAUGUGUUUCUUCCCUUGGUAAAAGGGUCUCUGCGACCUGAUUUCCAUGUUGCAGCUCAGAAUUGUUGGGUUAAUAAAGGAGGUGCUUACACCGGUGAGGUUAGUGCUGAGAUGCUUGUAGACCUGAACGUACCUUGGGUUAUCCUUGGUCACUCUGAGAGGAGAGCUUUGUUGAAUGAAUCAAGUGAGUUUGUUGGGGAUAAAGUUGCGUAUGCACUUUCAAAAGGUUUGAAGGUAAUUGCCUGUAUCGGUGAGACACUUGAACAGAGAGAAGCCGGAACAACUGUGGAUGUUGUGGCUGCACAGACUAAGGCCAUUGCAGAAAAGAUUUCUGAUUGGAAAAAUGUUGUCUUGGCUUAUGAACCUGUAUGGGCUAUUGGAACUGGAAAGGUUGCCUCUCCUGCUCAGGCUCAAGAAGUACAUGUUGAGUUGAGGAAAUGGCUUAAAGCCAAUGUGAAUGCUGAUGUUGCUGCUUCAACCAGGAUCAUCUAUGGAGGAUCUGUGAAUGGUGGCAACUGCAAGGAAUUGGCUUCACAGCCCGAUCUGGAUGGUUUCCUUGUAGGUGGUGCUUCUCUCAAGCCGGAAUUCAUUGACAUCAUCAAGUCAGCUGAAACGAAGAAGAACGCAUGAGUUGAAGAGUCGAGGAGAGUCAAUUUUUUGAAGCCUUUGAUAGGAGAGAUGUAAUAACUAUUAGGUCGUUUGGGUCUGUUGUGCAAUUUCUCUAGUUAAUUGCGGCACCUGAAGUUGCUUUGACUGUACCGAAUACUAAUAAAUCUGGCAACCAUUAGCCUUGUAUUGUUAUUGAUCAACAACUUCAUAUGCUUCUUCAUGAAUGUUUGCGUUUA